AAGCUUGCGACUGAUCGGAACCCCGCCCCUUCUCGCCGGCAUUGAUCUCUUUCAGUGCGGCGGCUUAACCACUACCAUGGCCAGCACAAGAAACAUGAAGAAAUCAUCAUCAUCGUCAUCAAAAACAAUAUCCGUUGAACAAUUUGUCUCUACUAUGACCCCUCUUAUCGAUAUGGAAAAGGAAGCUGAGAUAUCUGCUUCAAUGAGCUCUGGUGCUAAUAGAAAUUUGGAUUCUGCAUCAAAGAAAGGAUCUACCAUUCUUAAUUUGAAAUGCGUAGAUGUUCAGACGGGGUUGAUGGGCAAAACUCUUCUUGAACUUCAAUCGAACAAAGGAGAUGUUCUUCCAGCUCACAAGUUUGGGACUCAUGAUGUUGUUGUUCUAAAACCAAACAAGGCUGAUUUAGGUGCUCCUGCCCUCGGACAAGGUGUUGUUUAUCGACUGAAGGAUUCAUCAAUCACCAUUGCUUUUGAUGAUAUUCCAGAAGAAGGUUUAAAUAGUCCUUUACGCAUUGAGAAGGUGGCUAAUGAGGUGACAUAUCGCAGAAUGAAGGACACAUUGAUACAACUAAGUAAAGGUAUUCAAAGGGGACCAGCUGCGGACUUGGUUCCUGUCUUAUUUGGAGAGAGACUUCCAACAGUAGUGAAAAAGGAUGUCUCCUUCACUCUGUUUAAUAAAAACCUUGAUCACUCUCAGAAAGAUGCCAUUAGAAAAGCCCUAUCAUCAAAAGACCUAUUCUUGCUGCAUGGACCUCCUGGAACUGGAAAGACAACAACUGUGGUGGAAAUUAUCCUUCAAGAAGUGAAGCGUGGAUCAAAGAUUCUUGCUUGUGCAGCCUCUAAUAUUGCUGUUGACAACAUUGUUGAACGAAUUGUUCCUCACAGAGUAAAGUUGGUGAGAGUGGGACAUCCUGCACGGUUACUACCUCAAGUAUUAGAGAGUGCUCUUGAUGCACAGGUGUUACGAGGGGAUAAUAGCUCUCUUGCAAAUGACAUCCGGAAAGAAAUGAAGGCAUUGAAUGGUAAAUUGUUGAAAGCUAAAGACAGAAACACAAAGAGGGAUAUUCGGAAGGAGCUCAAGAUGCUUUCCAAAGAAGAGCGCAAGAGGCAGCAGUUGGCUGUGACAGAUGUAAUAAAAAAUGCAGAUGUUGUUCUAACCACACUGACAGGUUCAUUGUCGCGAAAAUUAGAUGGCACUUCAUUUGAUGUCGUGAUAAUUGAUGAAGCUGCUCAAGCACUUGAGGUAGCUUGCUGGAUUGCUCUACUAAAGGGUUCUAGGUGUAUACUUUCUGGGGACCAUCUACAACUUCCUCCGACGGUCCAGAGUGUUGAAGCUGAGAAAAAAGGGUUGGGAAAGACUCUCUUCGAGCGCCUUGCGGACUUGUAUGGAGAUGAAGUCAUGUCUAUGCUCACUGUCCAAUACCGCAUGCAUGAACUUAUAAUGAACUGGUCGUCCAAGGAGCUCUACAACAGUAAGAUCAAAGCUCAUGCAAGUGUUGCUGGACAUACGCUACAUGAACUCGAGAAUGUACAGAAAUCUUCUUCAGCAGAACCUACUCUUGUUCUCAUAGACAUUGCAGGAUGUGACAUGGAAGAAAAGAAGGAUGAAGAAGAAAGCACAUUAAAUGAAGGUGAAGCUGAGAUUGCUAUAGCUCAUGCUAAAAGACUCGUUCAAAGUGGAGUUCGUGCUUCUGAUAUCGGAAUCAUUACCCCUUAUUCAGCACAGGUUGUAUUGCUUAGAACGCUGAGAACUAAGGAAGACAAGUUAAAAGAAGUGGAAAUCUCAACUGUGGAUGGCUUCCAGGGAAGGGAAAAAGAAGCCAUUAUCAUUUCAAUGGUCAGAUCAAACUCAAAGAAACAGGUCGGGUUUCUGAGUGAUCGUAGACGUAUGAAUGUUGCCGUGACUCGUGCAAGGAGACAGUGUUGUAUCAUAUGCGAUACAGAGACAGUGAGCAGCGACAAGUUCCUGAAGCGGUUGAUCGAGUAUUUUGAAGAGAAUGGUGAGUACUUGAGUGGUUCAGGGUAUGGAAAUGAAUGAGUUCAACCCUGUAUUUUUAACCAGAUUUUUCUGAUACUGGGUUAGAAUGGUAAUUUUUUGCCAUUUAAAAUUCUUACCAAACAAUCACUUUACAUUCAUUGCCAAAUUGAGAGAAAAAAAUCUCUUAAUCUAGACAAAAUCCUUUAAUAGGUAGGGACAUAGCUUAAUCAAACAGGUUGUUGCUGUAUGCAUACAUAUUAAACACAUCAAUUGAAUUAACAGUGUUUGAUUGGCAUA